UGUGUGUGUGCGUUUUUCGUUAGCGUUUUUCGUCUUGUCUUCUUCUUCUUCUUCUAGUCAACGUGUGGCAGUUGCGACCAACGAACUGCUUUGAGGUGCGGAUCGUUCGCCGCAGCCCCCACACGCAGCACGACCAACAGUUGCAACAACCAUUCCCGUUUGUUGCCGCACUCAUUUGAUCGCAAACGGCCGUGCCUGCCAGUGGAGUGACAGCGGUCGUGCGAUUGCCACCUCCCUGGCGCGUGGGUCACCUCGCACCAGUCCCCCACGAUGUUCUCGCGGCCGCCACUGAAGUUUGGCGGCACUGGCAGCAGCAGCAACAGCAGCAGGACCGGUAGCAGCCAGUCCGGCGCCCCGAGCCAGCAGGCGACCACCAGCAGCAUCUUCACCGCCCCUGCGUCUGGCAAGCCUGCCGGCCAAUGGGCCCCACCCCGCCCUUCCUUUGGCUCUGGUCCAAGCGGCACCACCGGUGGCAGCAACAAUGGGGCGACUUCGUUCAAGGCGCCCUCCUUUGGUGCAACAGCGCCCGGGACAGCGAGUGUGGCGCAGGGCCAGCCGCUCUUCAAGACGACUUUACAGAUGGGGAAAGGCCCCGCACCUGGUGGCGGCCGCAAGGGCACCACGCCCACGUUUGGCGGAAUCAAGCCCACAGGCAAGCUCAUGCGCAAGGCACAGUUUGGCUCAUCCGUGGCGCCAGCACCAAAGCCAGGCCAGCCGCUGUUUGGAAGCACGGCCUCAAAGCCCGCACCUUCCUUCGGUGCCACCACUUCAGGCCAGCCACAGGCACAGGCAGCCAAGCAGCCGCUGUUUGGCAAACCCAAGCAGCAACAGCAGCAACAGCAGCAACAGCAGCGGCAGCAACAGCAGCAACGCUCCCGGCCACCCCGCAGCAAGCAGCCGCCGGCCAGUCAAAAUGUGGAUGUCGAAAAGGUUGCUGAAGACGAUGAAGACAUGUACGUUACACAGCAGCAACAGCAAGCACAGCAAUACAAGAAGCAAGGGCGACAAGGCAAACGAGGAGCGGCACCACGACAGCAACAACAACAACAACAACAACAACAACAGCAGCAGCAGCAGCAGCAGCAGCCAAGGGCACGCAGUCGUGGUGCCUCUGGCAUCUUUGCUCGACUCGCACCAAAGGACCCAUCGCCUCCGCGCAGCACACGCGCACGUGCAGGGGGAGCAAAGGGAGGAGGGAUGCUGGCCAGGCUCGGCAGCAGAGAGGAGCAAGGUGGUCAUGACGACGGUGACGAAGAGCAGUACGAACAAGAAGAACAAGAAGGCGAUGUGCACGUGGAGGAGGGUGGAGAGGGUGGUGAUGAUGGCGCGUAUUGGGAGGAGGAUUAUGGCGCCGGGUAUGCUGAUGGUGGUGGCGAGUAUUAUGGCGAGGAUGAUGGCUAUGACGAUGCAGAUGAAGCCUACGAAGGUGAGUUCGAGGGAGGCGAUGGAACCCACUACGAAGAUGAAGAAGUCGAGGUGGAGGACGAUGACGAAGAGACCACGCUACCAGCGCCUGUCACGUCCAAGCCGCGGUUUGGCACGGGCACAGCACCGAGCACAGGCAGUGGCGCUGGUGGCGGCGGUGUGUUUGGACGGCUUGGUGGCAAAGCAACUUCAGCAUCACCCACAUCGAAUGCAACGCCCCAUGCGCUGCCACCAUUGUCGUCAUCCUCAUCAACAGCAGCAACAGCAGCAGCAGCAGCAGCAAAGUCGGCGAAGAUUGGUGGCGAUGUUAGAUCAGGCGUGGCCGCCAAGGCAAAGGGCCUCUUUGGCAAACCACCCACCACCACCUCGACCCCCACCAGCAGCACGGCUGCCACGACAGCGGGCCCAAGGUUUGGUAAAGGGAAGGCAUCAACCUUGUUUGGCAAAUCCACGAAACCCGCCGCUUCAACUGCUCUCGCCAACGCACCAGCAUCCAAACUCACAACAACAAAACCAGGAGGAACAACAAUGGCAACGACAACAACAGCGGCAGCAGUGGAGAGCAGUGGCGCUUCAAAGCCAAAGACAUCUGCUCUGUCCUCUUCCCUCUCGUCGCGCCUGAAGUCGAAACUGCAUCAGGAGCGCCAGGUGGCCGCCAGCAAGACCGGUGAUGCCGCUGUGCCAACGCCAUCCGCACAGCACACGCUGCACACAUCCAAACCAGCCAUCACCACCACCACCACUAGGAGCAGCAGCAGGCCUACAACGGCCACACUGCCAGCAACAACGCCAACAACACCACGGCCACCAACGGUAGCAGCAGCACCAUCAUCACGAGUGCCAGGGCCAGCCAGCACGUCGACAGCACCACUGGUUGCGGGUCUGUCGCCGCUGCCACCGUCGCUCACGCCCCAGCCGUACGCGGCCGAUGCGGUGCCCGGGUUUGAAGGUGUGCGCCUGCAGCCGAAGCGGCGUGCCGACGACAGCGGAGACACCGGGGAGGAGACGGCGGAAGAGGUGGCGGCAAACCCGCUGGUGGCAGAGCACGAGUCCGCGUCUGCAGCGGACAAGGACCUGCUCAACAGGCUGGAGGCCGUGGUGGAGAAGGAGGCGAAGCAGCUGGUGCUGGACCGAAAGGCGCAGCAGACAAACGGCGACGCCAGGGUGGGCGCGAUUGUGGGCACGUGCACGACCAUGUGCCCCGAGAUUGAACGGUACCGGCGCCUGUGUAGUGGGGCGGUGGGGCAGGGCGGCGUGUGGGCGUUUGAGCGCACGUGCAAGCGUUUUGACCACCGCAAGGCCAUCAAGGAGUACCGGAAGGAGGCUGCCGACAACCUUCCCGAAGUGCCACGGCAGCUGCGCCCACCCAACGUCUUGCAUCAGACCAUGUGGUUCAUGGUGCAUCACCUGAUGAACAACGCCGUCAUCAACGACAACCAGUCUGCCAACUACCGCUCACAGUGGUUCGAUUUCAUGGAGGACCGCCUGCGCAGCAUUCGCAAGGACAUGAAGACACAGCGCGUGUUCAACGCAACGACGCUGGAGGUGAUGGUCAUGUCGAUUCGCUUCCAUUUCAUCGCAGGCUACCUCCUGUCGGACGAGUGGGUUGACCACACCACCAACAACCAGCGCCUGAGCGACUGCUACGACACGCUGGCCAUGCACUACCGCGAGAUGCGCAAGACGCCUGAUGAGAUCCUCCCCUAUGAGGGCGAGAUGCGCGCUUAUCAACUCCUACACGCCAUUGGCAAUGCUGGCACCAUCCUCAGAAAGAUACCGCACCUGAUGCGUGAUGCGCACGUGAGGCGCGCGAUGAAGGUUGUGGCCUGCGUGGCGCAGCUUGGGCUCGGAAAGCGGCAAUCGCAGGGCUCUGGGCUGCUCAACUACCCGCGCUUCUUCAAGCUUGCCCGUUCCAUGCCCUAUAUUGAGGCGUGCAUCCUCUCCUGCGCCUUUGACCGGGUGCGCCAGGACGCGUUGUUCCAGCUGUGCACGGCGUCGCGUCGGCGCUCUGUUCCGCUCGCCCACCUCCGCGGCAUCCUCGGGUUUGACGGCACGGACGACGCGCGGGAGUUUGUUGAGGGUCACGGGCUGACCAUCUACAAGGAACACGUGGUGUUCAAGGACAACGCGAUUGUGAUACCAGAGGUGCUUGAACGCAUCAAGCAGCGCUACCGCUGGAUUGACGCGCUGAAGACCGACCCGCUCACGAGCGAGCCGCUCUCCGUUGGCGAGCUCGUGGCCGGGCAGCGGCUGGGGCGCAACGCAGCACGCGCCGCCGCGUCGCCAGCAGCAGCGAUGCAAGCAGCAGCAAGGACAGCAGCUCAGGCACAGGUGGUGAUGGCCGCUCCUCGAUCGGUGGACGCGUGGUCCAGGACACCACCAGUCACAACUACAGCGGCGGCGGCGAGUAAGUUGUCGACGCAAGCAGCAGCAAGCAAAGUGUUUGGCAAGGGCAAGGAUGAGGCAACUGCAAAACGUUUCGCGUUGAAAUCCCCUUCAUCAGCAGCAGCGGAGGAGAAGGCGGAGCCGCACGCAGAGAAACCAUCGCUUAUUUCGGAGAAGGAGGAGGAGGAGGGAGCAAAGGCAGCGGAAGCAGCAGCAGCAGCAUUGAAGCCAUCAGCACAGGCGGCGACGGCGUUUGGCAAGCCGUUUGGAGGGUUUGGUGUGCAGAAGCAGCAAGAGGAGGCUGAAGCUGAUAAGGCAGCAGCGACCACAGCCGCAACCACAGCCGCGUCGACGGCCGCGAAGCUAUUUGGACCAAAGAAGACAGCACCAGGCGAUACCAAGAUGAUAACAGCAGCAGAGAAGGAGAAGAAAUCAUCGCCGGUAGCGGUCGCCACUGCAAAGGAGGAAGCCGCAAAGCUGAAGGAGCAGGAAGCGAAGGAAAAGGAGAGAAAGAGGAAGGAGAGAAAGAAGAAGAAGGCAGCAGAGGAGGCGCGCAAGCGAAAGCUGAAAGAAGAAGCAGAGGCGCGAGAGCGGCGAAACCGCGUCGCCACCACUCUCAUCUUCGACGAGGUCGUUUGCGACGCAAUCAGGGUUGAGUGCGAGCGCUUUGUGCAGUUUGAACAGCUUGUGCAGCACUUUCAGCGAAGAAGGUUGGCGGUGGCGUGGGAGCGGUGGCUCAAGCGGUUCACAGACCCGUACAUCACAGGAAAGCCAAUCCCCAUGGACACAACGGAUAUCGUUGAGGUUGACCCGAGCGACGUUGAUCCGGAUGCGUAUCUGGUGCAGCAGCGCGUGCGUGUCCACGCCGUGCACCGCUGCCUCAACGCCGCUCGCGUCGGUAUCCCCGCCAUCACUGCCGCCCUUCGUCGUCGCUUCGUCAAACCUCGCGCUGCUGCCGUCGGCAUCACGCUCGUGGACCUGUUUGAGUGUCCGUGGGACUUGGCGUCCACCUUUGCGGCUGAUGGUGGCUCAUCCGCGGUGCACCGCCUCACAUUUGAUGGCGACGGGGGUGAUCGUGGAGGCAAGGACCAGACCACCACCAGCAGAAGCAGUAUGCUGGAGGGUGACGAAAGCACGCACACGGAUUGCACCGUGUCACUUGCAGUGAACGUUGUGAACCAUCUUCACACGGAGGACAACGGGCUUGUGCCCGAGGAUGAUGCGAGGGUGCUUGCGUCAUCAUCGGUGCUUGUCGUUUCGCUGGUGGAUCGCCCUGACGCUGCCUGGGCGAACGACAGCAACGACAGGGCGGCGUGGCUGCGCGUUGCAUAUCGCCUGCAACCGCUGCUGGACGUGGUGCCUGCAAGCACCCCGAUUGUUGUGCUGUAUGACGCGUAUGAUGUGGCGCCCGGCGAUGUCACUGCGAAGCUGUUUGCCCACACCCCAUUCACGCAUGUGGAAGGUGUGGGCCUGAACGCGGCUGAUCUCGUCUUUGCCUGCAAGCAAGCGGGCCGCGACCCAACCAGCGCUGGCCAGCUUGGGGUGGACCGCAUCACGUCGGCCCUCACCCGCUCCCUCGUCGCAGCCCGUUUCCCUGCAGUGGUGCAGGUGCACAUGGAUGAUCUCUUGGAAACAUGUUUUGCCACGCAACUCUAUCGGCUAUGGCAGAAGGAUGGCCCCACCGGCCGCGGCGUCAUGGACGUCCACCGCGAAGCGUGCUCAACUGCGCUCGAGGCGAUGCGCACGCGCUCCUUCGCUGAGGGCGCGCCGCAACGACUGAUGCAAGUUGUUGACCAAAUCAAUGGUCCCAUGCAUUCGUGGUUGCGCACAUUUGAAUUGCCCGGCGUGCUGCAGUCGUCGCAUCAGGGCGUGUUCGUGGGUCCAGAAGACUCGCCUGCGCUCCAGGCGGAACUGGAGCUGCUGAUGCGAGCAUGGACGACGUUUGCGCAAACAGAUGUGCCUGCAGGCAUUGGGGAGCAGCUGACCCGCUGGCUGCAGGUGGCGUGCGCACGUGCGCAGCAGACGCUGAGGAAGGGCAAGCGUGCCAUUGCACCGUGGCGUGAGUUUGCCUCGUGCGUGGUGCUUGCGCUGAGCAUGGCGGCGAGCGAUCAGGUGUUGUACGUGGAGCAGAGUGAAUGCGAGGAGUUGGAGGCACAGGCGGGGCGGUCUGCGGUGCAGCCGUUGAACGCGUCGCUCGAGCGAUCCGACCAGGGCGCGUUGGAGGUGUCGACAGCCGGUGUGACGGCAACCCAGGCCAUUGCGGCGACGAUCAGGGCCGUGAAAUCCACACGCGCACCUGCGAUGGCGACAACACCCGUCUCCCCAAGAGCAGGCGCCAGCAGAGCAGCACUCCCAAUCGCAGCAUUAACCACUGCAGCGGCAUCAGCGAUGGCAACGACAGCCCAGCCCGAAGCAGGUGGUGCCGGGUACUGGACGGCAAAGGUUUCUCCGAAACGCAAGGCGCUCAAGACAUUUGGUGACACCUCUGUUGUGUUUGAGCAGCGGCAGCGGCAGUUGGGCUCCGUGCCGCGCCUGACAGCUGUGCUUCCUGUGAAGCGAGCCAAGGUUGCUGGCGGUGGUCGUGGCGAUGACGAUGUGUACUCCCCGAGCUACCGCUCACGACAACAGCAGCAGCAGCAACACCAGCAACACCAGCGCUUGAAUGAGUCGUUGCGCCAGCUCUCGUCCAUGAUUGCGGAAGAGGCGCUGGCUUACGAGCAUGUGGACGAGCUUGAUCGUACAGCGGUGACGGCAGGCGGUAUGGAUGUGAGUGUGGCUUCGGGCGCCUUUUCCCCGUUUGCCGCCGCUGUGUCACCUGUUCGACCUGCCAGUGCAAGUCGGGUGGACACUGGCGUGACAGGGCAGGGUGCGAGGCGCGAGCCACAACCGCAACAGCAGCAGGAACAGCGGCAGGAGCAACCACGCAACCGAACAGCAGCCCUCUUGCAGGAGCUGUCGCUUGCGCUGCGAUGGGAGAAGGAGGCGUCUGCACGCUUGGACCAGAGCAUUGAGGGCGUGCUGUUGUAA